UCUGCUUAUAACAAGUGGAAUUGGGCUUGUUUUUUUCAAGUUGCUUUUUAUUUUAUGGUUGCUUAUUGCUUGUUUUGGUGAUUUUUUUUUUAACCUUUUUAUUUUUUACAGUUGCGGAAGAGCAGCAGUGGAGGAAUCAUUAAUGCAGGAAAGAAGAUUCAGCACAGGACCGUAGCGAGGGCACCACAGCCGAUGCCGUCAUCCAUGGCUGCUUCCCCAGUCUAUGAUGCUAGUCCUGUGCCAGCCCAGAGCCAGCUAUGUAGUUCCAGACACCCACCAUGAUUAAUAUGUGAGGGGCACACCCACCUGACGCCUGCUACACUCUCUCUGAUAACUAAAUUAAUCUUGUGUGAGAUCAAGUAAUCCUUGUCUUGUGAAAGAGUUUUUCACACAGACAUGAAGAAUAGACGUUGUUUACUUCUGCACCAAGACCAUAUUCUACAGCAGAGGUGACCGGCGCCCUGACGAGGAAAGGAGCGCACCGCACAUGUGGGUGGUGACGUCAUCCGGACCCGCCGGGUAGUCGCUCCGAAGGAACAGAGGGUGAUGCGGUGAGGGUAUAAAGCUGGCGUAAGGUACUCAGAUGGCCACAUUUGAUCAUCAUCAUGACAUUUCAGAGACAGAAUUUCGGAUUAUGAGCUCAACAUCAAAUGAGGCUCUGACAGCACUGGAUAAAGUGAAAGACGAACCUAAUAUCCUGGAGAAGUAUGUGCAGCCCUGUGUGGCAGAGCUUUUGGGCUGUAUACUGUUCUUCUCCAUCGGAUGCCUCUCAGUGUUGGUCAAUCCACAGGGAGCUGGGCCCUUGCUGCCAGCUGUGGCACAUGGGCUGGCACUGGCUGUUGUCAUCUCUGUCCUUGGCAAUAUAAGUGGUGGACACUUCAAUCCUGCUGUCACCCUGGGAGUGGUAAUUUCUGGUGGUCUAACUCCCAUUCUGCUCAUACCAUACUGGGUGUGCCAGCUAUCUGGGGGAAUGCUGGGAGCUCUGUUGGCUAAGGGACUGGCAGAUGAUCUUUCAUUUGUGAAUCGCAGCGGAGCAGCCUGCAUGGUGGACAGUGAAACGUCACUAGCCAAAGCGGUCGGAGUAGAAAUAGUCUUCAGUUUCUUCUUGGUUUUCGCUGUAGUGAUGGGAGCAGUGGACGAGAGAAGCAGGACCUCCCUGGCUCCAUACUCUAUUGGUUUCACUGUUAUAACUGGAAUUAUAGCAGGAGGUUCCAUAUCCGGGUCCUGUUUGAAUCCAGCUCGGGCUCUGGACCCAGCAGUGGUUGCCAAUUAUUGGGACUACCACUGGGUGUACUGGGUGGGACCUGUCUCUGGGGCGAUCUUAGUGUCUUUUAUAUACAGGUUUCUACUGGCAGCGAGGACCCAUCGAUUAUUCCUGAAGCAAUGAAUGAAGUAAAGUUAUGUAAUCAGGUUAAACCUGAAAUUAACACAAUGCACAGGAAGGGGCAGGCUAUGGCCUCUGGAUACAAAAUAAAUGACAUUGAUCCAUUUUGCACCGAGAUGAUAACAUAAAUGUAUAAUACAAUGCCAGAAAAGUCAGUAAUACAUUGACUAAUGUUUUUGUACAACAUGCCCACAGAAUUUCCCAAUGUUUUUCUUUUUGUAUUUUAUUAGUAUUAUUAUGAUUAGUAAUAUUAUUGUAAUCUCUGUGCCACAAGGUACCUAAAUUCACCUGGGGGGUAAUUCAGAUCUGAUCGCUGCUGUACGUUUUCACACAGUGGGCGAUCAGAUCCUAACUGCGCAUGCGUAUGUCCCACAGUGCGCACACGCAUCGGACAUCAACAACGUGCACUGCCGGUCAGCGAGGGUAUGGUGCGAUAAAUCUGAUCGCACGGGCGUUCGCAAGGUGAUUGAGAUUGAGAGGAAGAGGCCUUUUGUGGGUGGCAACUGAGCAUUUACUGGGAGUGUUCGGGAAAACGCAGGCGUUACCAAGUGUUUUCAGGGAGGUGUCUGAUGUCAGCUCUGGCCCCAAUCAAUCUGAUUCUGUCGCACUGUAGGAGUAAGUCCUGGGCUACGCACACAGAAUUUUUGCAGCUCAGCUACACAUGCGAUCGCACACUUGCACAGUGAAUUUACACUCCCCCUGUAGGUGGCGACUAUCUGAUCGCUGGACAGCAAAAUUUGCAGCCCAGCGAUCAGAUCUGAAUUAGUUUCCUGGAUUGGAAAGGUGUAAUAAACACAAAGAGGAUUGUUUAACCUUUUUAUAACAUCAUAAUACCUCCCUGAAGUCACAUUCUCUCUUCCACUGUGGUUCCUUGCAGUCCAGCAUGGGUUGACUAGGAAAAUUACCAUCUGACUUUCAAACAGUCUACGGGCCUAAUUCAGCAUGGAUCAUACAGUAGAUCGCACAUCUACGAUCCAGUACUCUGACAUGCGGGGGGACACCCAACACAGGGCAUGUUUGCCCCGCACGCUGGAUCCAGUCCCCCCACCCCCCGCACGGCGGCGAUGCUUUCACAUAUUUAGGGUUGCCCUCUGCCUAUGCAGGAUAGCUGCUAAGGUAGAUGGCAAUCUGCCAUCUUUUAGGUCGCAGCAGUUGCGCAUCACACAGCCGCCGCUGCCCACCCCACAAAUGGUCCGGACACGCCUGCGUUGUCCGGACCGCGCUGCCCCAACGCGCCCGUGACGCCUCUUUAUACACUGCAGCGACACCCCCUGCGAAUGCUCUGCCUGUCAAUCAGGCACAGGCGUUCACACAAGUGAGAUGCCGACGCACCUCACAGUGUGUACACGCGCACUGCAGCUUCUGCGCAUGCGCACACUUCACAGGGCAUUAGCAUGCGAACGCAAUCCUUAUCUGCGUUCCAUGCUGAAUUAGACCCUAACUCUCUAACUUUUGGAAUCUCACUGGGUCCCUGGGUUGGACCUUAACCCCCUGUUAAAGUCAAAUUUUUAAACUGAAUGAGGUACAAUAAAAUACAACUUUCUGUACAUUAAAAUAAAUAUUUUCAUAUAUGUGUAAUUUCUCAUUUAUAUUAAAUCCGCAUAACUGUGUAUUUGAUGAUACACAUUGUUUUGUGUAAAUACCACAUAUCUACUACACAUAUAAAUGUAAUACGAGUUACAGUAUAGGUGUAAUAGUAAUGUUUUUAGAUCCAUUUAUUAGGAAUUUAGCCAUGUAAUGGUUAUACUGUCUCUGUCCACGAAACUCAUUCAUAUACUCAUCCAUGAUACUAGAAGACAAAGGAAAUCCAGUAUGGGAUACCAUCAGGUUCUAUCAAGAUCAAGUCCCUCAGACAAAGGAGAAGAUCACCACCCAUUCACCAUUGAAUAUAUACAGAUCACUGCCUGUAUCCAAUGACUUUAUUACCAAAGCAGUACUUGAAUGUUACAUUUUAAAUUGUACCACACUAACCCUUGGGAGUCAGUUGGUGCCAACUGCACACAUGGUUGUGUUAUUGGCAGUACUUUGUAUUCUUUUAAAUUGCUGAUUAAACCUCUUUGGA